UUGCCUUCAACAGUUUUCUGUCGGCAGUCAAAGGCUUAGGGAUUUUAGUAAGAGAUAUAUGUAGAUAUGUAUUUCAUUUUCUUUGUGAAAAAACUACGAAGUUUAUUUUCACGUAGAAAUCUUGAUGAUAUGAUAAUUUUUAAAUACAGUUGGACAUUAAUUAUUAUGUUACAUUUUUAUCUAUUCGUGUGCUGAAUAUUUGGGUUUUAGGUACACACAGAGUUUGCACGUUUUAGAAUUAGUGAAAGAACUUUUGGAACUUUUUCUUUUGAGUUAAAUGUUGU